CAGGUAACAAGUCAUGAUAGUCAUGAGGCCGCAUGCUUCAGGUCAACGAGGAAGAACAUCGAAGGCAACAAAUCUAUUAACCCAACCUCCAUGGCCUUCUAUCCAACUACACACAUUUGCUCUUCAUGCCUCUAGCACAUCUUUGUGCAGUUGCUUCCCAAGCCACCAAAGAGGUUCGUGUCCUAAGUCUAGAAACAGCACCUUUCUCACCCAAUGCUCCACAAAACCUAGCAUUGAUAGCAACAAUGCAACAAAUAAGAAUCCUUCCAUUGAACGGGAUUCAAGUUCGAAAUCUCAAAAUUUGGCAACUCCCGUGCCGAAUCAAGCACUCACAUCUACUUCUUCUAGUGGUCUGGUGCUUGACUUGGGUCCCAAAAACUCCUGGGAUAGCGCUGAAAUUGGCUCACCAGUUGUGAAAAGAUAUAUCGGAGACAAUGAGGAAAGGUGGUGCAUGUGGUACCAUGGAAGAUCUGAUGCUAACAACACUUCCGAUUCCGUAGGGUUAGCAGUUUCAAGCAAUGGAAUUCACUGGGCAAGAGGAGCAGAUCAUGUUAGAUCAUGUGGGGAUGUGGGAUUGGUAAUGAAUUGCAGCAAGAAUUGGUGGGCUUUUGACACCGAGAGCAUUAGGCCUUCUGAGAUGGUUGUUAUGUCUAGCCCAAUGUACAGUGCCGUUUACUGGCUUUAUUACACAGGAUAUAGUUCUGAAGAAAUUAAAUUUUCAGGAAAUUCCAACAUUGUAAACCCAGAAAGAGUUCACAGAGGAGACAAGAAAGAUGAAUGUCCUAAAAUUGGAAAGAUUUUUAUGUCUCUCCCAGGCCUGGCAUGCAGUCAAGAUGGUAGGCACUGGGCCAGAAUUGAAGGGGACCAUCAUAGUGGAGCCUUGUUAGAUUUGGGGUCAGACAAGGAGUGGGAUUCUUUGUUUAUUGCUGCACCUCAUGUUGUUGUGCACAGCAACGAUGAUAUCAGGAUGUAUUAUCAUUCAUUUGAUACGGACAUGGGGCAUUUUGCUCUUGGAAUUGCAAGAUCCAGAGAUGGGAUCAGAUGGGUGAAGCUGGGGAAGAUAAUGGGUGGGGGAUCAUUCGGUUCUUUUGAUGAGCUUGGGGUCAAGAAUGCAUGUGUGGUGAGAAACCGCAAAGAAGGAAAAUAUUUGAUGGCAUAUGAGGGUGUUUCUGCAGGUGGGAAAAGUAGUAUUGGGCUGGCAGUAUCUCCCGAUGGGCUGAAGAAUUGGAUGAGGCUUCAAGAGGACCCUAUUGUUAAGCCCUCAGAAGAGGAUGGAUGGGAUAAUAAAGGAGUGGGAUCCCCAUGUCUCGUUCAAAUGGAGGACAAUGAAGAUUAUAAAUGGAGAUUGUAUUAUGUAGGUGUUGGGUAUGCAGGAAGGACGGGGAUUGGAAUGGCAGUUUCAGAAGGCAAUCGCAUGGGAAAUUUUAGAAGAUGGGUAGGAUCUCACUUGUAAGAUAAUUGUAUAGUAUUUGUCAUGUAUGUCAACAUAUUUCAAUUCAAAGUUAUUUUCACAAUAAUA